CAGGAAUACCAUUUGUUAGUUUCAAUAUAAACUGGCUGCUUUUCAGAGAAAUCACAGCGUAUUCAUUGUGCUGGAUUGAGCAGCUUUUUAAAAUAAAUAUAACAUCUGAAAUCUUACGGAAAGAUGUGGAUACAAGAUGAGGAGAGCACAGUUGCAGACUCUGAUGAGGACAGCUGCUUAUCUUCUGAAGAUUGGGAAGAUAUUCAGUGCGAGAUCCUGGAGAAGCAGCGAGACGAAGCCAAUCAGAGGCUGAUGGAGCUGGAGGAAGCUUCCAAUCAGCUGCUGAAGGAGAUGAAUAUGUUGGAGAUCCAGUUCCAGGUGGAACGCUCCUGCAGGGAGAGCGCGGAGGCUCUGGCUCUCAAAGUCAGCAAAGAAAACACAGCCCUGAAAAGAAAGAGCCAGAUGCUGCUGCCACUGAUCUCCAACCUCCCAGAAGACCUGGUGACUGUGACCCUUGACCCAGAGACCGACCUAGUGGUUGAUGUCGAUGCGGUUGAUUGCGAUGUGGUUGAUGGCCUUGUGGUUAAUUUUAGGGAAAGUAACAGUGAAGAGAACUUGCUGCUUGAAAGUCAAGCCAAGAUCACAGCGAUGCAGGCGUCAUUGGAUGGGCUGCUGGCUGAGAAGCUACAGCUGGAGCAUCAGGUGGAGGAACUGACCAGAGAGCAGGACCAGCUCAGAGAGCAGCUUGUUGCAGAGGCGGAGGAGAAGGAAGCCAUUCUGAGGAAAAUGAGCAAGCAGACCAAGACCAUGACCAAAAUCAAAAGAGUCUCCCAGCUUGUCACCGAGGAGUUCACAGAAAUGUCUCAGCAGCUGGAGCUGGAGCAGGGCCUGCGGCAACACGCCGAAGUCUUCGCCCAUCAGAUGUUGGCGGAGCAGAAGGCGGCCGAGAGACCGAGCACGAUGGAGGCGUGCGCCUCCGAGGCCGACGUGCGGCUUCGGCUGCAGGGGGCGCUGACGCAAAUAUGCGGCAUCAACACGGCCCUGUGCAACAUUCAGCGAUACUACCAGGACCAGAUCAAACAGAGUACAGGUGCUGAGGAGGAGCUGCGGGACCUGAGGGAACAGCUGAGGAAGAGUGAGGAUGAGAGGAAGAUGUUGGAGGGUCAACUGUUUCAGGUCAACGCACCAGUCACAGAGCUGAGGGAACAGCUGAGGAAGAGUGAAGAGGAGAGGAAGACGUUGGAGGGUCAACUGUCUCAGGUCAACCUACCAGUCACAGAGCUGAGAGAACAGCUGAGGAAGAGUGAAGAGGAGAGGAAGAUGUUGGAGGGUCAGCUAUCUCAGGUCAACCUACCAGUCACAGAGCUGAGGGAACAGCUGAGGAAGAGUGAAGAGGAGAGGAAGACGUUGGAGGGUCAACUGUCUCAGGCCGAAGACUCAGUGACAGAGCUGAGGGAGGAAGUGAAACAUUUACAGGAAAGGAUGAACACAGAGGAGAAAAAUGAAGAUCUGGAGGAAGUAACUGCUCCUCCUCUUCCUCCUCCUCCACCUCCUCUUCCUUCGCCCACUCCUGUUAUCAACUUGCAGGAUUUCCUCAGGAGCAGGAAGCAUCGAGUCAACGGAGGCGAUAACAACAAGCCAGCGCCAUUGAAGGACAUUAAGGCAAAGGCAGUGGAUGAAAUGAUGGAGAGAAUAAAGAGAGGCAUUGUACUGAGGCCCAUACAAAACAUCCUGGAAGAAGACAGCUCAUGGAGGGACCAGAGGAGUGACAACAGGAAGUCAGCCGUCCUGGAAUUAAAGGGAAUGCUGGACAACAUUAAACGGCAGCACCUCCGCAGGGUGCCCUCCAGGAGGGGGAUCGGCAAGAACGUCGGGGAGGCAGAGCUGCAGCUGGUCCUCCAGAGGAGAAGAAGAGCGAUGGGAGAAAAUCAGGACCGACAGUCCUCAGCUCCAACCUGUGAUCUCCAGCCGGGGCAGCAGCGUGUCCCAGCAGCAGGUGACUGUCCCUGGGCCGGUGAGAGCGGCAGUGCACCUGUGCUCCGGAGGCUGAAGCAAAACAGGGAGAAGAGAGAUUCCCGCAUCAGAGCGUCAGCGUUCAUCCUCAGCCACGGAGGCGUACAGCAGCCUCUCCAGCAAAAUGUGUCAUCAUAAGGCCUUACGUAAAGACGCACUCCAGUAGCUAUAGCGAUUACUGCCUGAUUUUUGGUUAAUAUUCAAAUAAAACACAUUAAAUGAA